AUGGCAAGCCACGAGCAUGAUAACCCAGAGGCCGUGCAGCAUGCCAUCACCUGCACACGCGACUUCGAAGUGGUCGAGAUGACGGAUCUGUCCGCGUCCGCCGGCAAGUCCAGCGGCCAGUUCCCGACCACGACCGCAUUCUACUCCGUCUCUACUCCGACCAAGACUCCAGGCGGGCGAUCACGCGGCCACCGCUGGGUCGAUAGCUUCCGCCGAGUCCCCGGCCUGCCCAUCUCGUCCCAGCAAGGCUACCGCCCCGGUGACGAGAUGGCCGACCCGUCGCACGCCCGCGAUCGAUUCUACGACCUGCGCGCCGCCAAUGCCCGGACCGCCAACUCGGCCCUCGUCCGCGAACUCAAGGGCCGCCAUCUGCAGAUGAUUGCCAUCGGCGGCUCCGUCGGCACCGGACUCUUCGUCACCUCGGGCUUGGCCCUCUACGAGAGCGGCCCCGCCUGUAUGCUGCUCGCAUACGUCUUCACCGGCGCCCUUCAGUUUUGCACCAUGCAGAGCUUGGGCGAGCUGGUUGUCACCUUUCCCAUCGCAGGUUCCUUUUCCGUCUUUUCCACCCGUUUUCUCGAUCCCUCAUGGGGCUUUGCCAUGGGUUGGAACUAUGCUUUGCAAUGGCUUUUUGGCCUGCCGCUCGAGAUCAUUGCCGGUGCCUUGACCAUUCAGUACUGGAACCAGUCCCUCAGCCCGGCCAUCUUCGUCACCAUCUUCCUCCUUGCCAUCGUCGUCAUAAACCUCUUUGGCAUCAAGGGAUAUGGCGAGGCCGAGUUCGUCUUCUCAACCGUCAAAGUCACCGCCAUCAUUGGCUUCAUCCUUCUCGGUGUCGUCAUCAACAUCGCCGGUACCCCGAACGAGGGGUACAUCGGCGCCAAGUACUGGCUCGAUCCAGGUCCCACCCACAACGGCUUCAAGGGCUUCUGCAGCGUCUUGGCCAUUGCUUCCUUCUCCUACGCCGGCACCGAACUCGUCGGCCUCGCCGCCGCCGAGACGGCCAACCCCAGAAAGUCACUUCCAAGCGCCAUCAAGCAGGUCUUUUGGCGAAUCGCCCUAUUCUACCUUGUUUCACUGCUCCUCGUCAGCCUUUUGGUUCCCUACAACGAGCCACGGCUUCUCGGUGGCCAAAGCUCCGCCGACGCCACCGCGAGUCCCUUUGUCAUCGCCGUCGAGGGCGUCGGUUCGACCAUUCUCCCCAGCGUCAUGAACGCUGUCAUCAUGGUUUCCGUGCUGAGCGUCGGCAACUCGGCUGUCUUUGGCUCGUCCAGAACACUCGCUGCCUUGGCGGAGCAGUCUCACGCGCCCAAGAUCUUCUCCUACGUCGACCGCAGCGGAAGGCCGUUGGCGGCCAUAGUCUUUGCCUUGUGCCUCGGCUUGCUUGCGUAUCUGGCGAGCGUCGAGGUCUAUGCCGAUAUAUUCGACUGGUUGCUGGCCAUCGUCGGACUCUCCACCCUCUUUACCUGGAGCAGCAUCUGUCUUUGUCACAUCCGCUUUCGGAAGGCUUGGGCAGCUUCUGGCCAUACUCUCAGCCAGCUGCCAUUCAGGUCGCAAGCGGGUCUUCUUGGCUCAUACAUUGGCUUGGUCGGCAACCUUGUUGUUCUGUCAUCCCAACUCUGGAUGGCAAUUUCACCCCUCGACGACGGACCCGGGGACCCUGCACCCGCCGCCAAGGCAAAAGGGUUCUUUCUCAAAGUCAUGGCGGUGCCCGUCAUCUUCCUAUUUUAUGUUGGGCACAAGAUCUGGUUCAGAACGCGCAUCAUCAGCGUCUCCGCCAUGGACAUCGAUACUGGGCGUAGCUUCACCAGACUCCCGUCAAUUUCCGCAGAGGAGGAGCAACGUCGGGCCUGGCCGAUGUGGAAAAGGCUGUAUCGAUGGGCUUGUUGA